AUGCGCUGGAACGACCAACAAGUAAUAGGGAAUGAUCAUUGGUAUGUUUCAGGUCUUGCCGUGUCCGGGCAGUCUGACGAACGAUUCUGGCUUGGCAUGAUAGGUAUCCUAACCUUGAUUUACAAUUUCUCUCAAUUUCUGUUCCUCAUAAUUACUAUCGUCAUGACGAUCGCAGUAUUAUCCACGCUCGCCAUUGCUUUCGCUAUACUUGGCAUACUCUAUGCAACCCGUCGAUAUCUGGAAAAGCAGAAUGCUCGACCUCUUCCUCCGGGCCCAAAGGGCUUCCCGCUCCUUGGAAAUGUCAACGACAUGCCUAGACCCGGCAUGCUUGAGUGUCACCAUUGGCUGCGACAUAAGGACAUCUAUGGACCCAUCAGUUCCGUCACGGUGCUAGGCCAAACGUUUAUCAUCAUUAACGACCCUGGCAUCGCCUUCGAGCUGUUACGCGAUAAGUCAGCGAUUCAUUCUUCAAGACCCAGCCAAACCUUCAGUGGUGAGAUGGUAGGAUGGCGGCACGCAACUGCGAUGGCUCCGUAUUCUGCAGAAUGGAAAAUCCAACGCAAGAAUAUCACUAAGAUAGCGAGCACUAAUGUAUCCAUGUCAGUAUUUGAUAAAGUGCAAGAGACAGAAGCCGCGCACUUCCUGCUCAACCUUCUGAAUUCACCAGACAAGCUCUUUGAUCAUAUACGAAAAGAGGCAGGCAGUGUGAUUCUCAAGAUCACAUAUGGGUACACCACUGUAGCUGACGGCAACGAUCCUUUUGUCGAUCUGGCUGCCAAGACUAUGGAGCAGUUUGCUAAUGCUACUGUUCCUGGGAAGUGGCCGGUAGAUAUCUUCCCAUUCCUGCGGUACUUGCCAGCAUGGCUGCCAGGCGCUGGGUUCCAGGACACCGCGAGGCGAAUGGCGGCGCAGCUCAGCCAAUGCACUAACCAGCCAUAUGAGUUCGUGAAGAAGCAAAUGAAAGAGAAAAGGCAUUCGCCGUCUUUCUUGUCGCAAUGCAUCGAGGGUCUCGGCUCGGGUGCUGAGAUGGAAUUCGUUCACAAAUGGGCGGCAUUGGCGCUGUACCUCGGUGGUGCUGACACAACCGUAUCGUCCAUCAUGACCUUCUUCCUUGCCAUGACCGUCUUCCCGGAAGUUGAAAAGAAGGCCCAGGAAGAGCUAGAUCGGAUCAUUGGUGGAAACAAGCUACCCGUCAGUAAAGACCGCGAAAGUCUUCCUUACAUCGAAGCAAUCAUGAAAGAGACCCAUCGCUGGCACCUCGUCUUACCCAUGUGCCUUCCGCAUUGCAGCACCGAAGAAGAUACCUGCCGCGGAUAUCGCAUUCCGAAAGGCUCCAUCCUUCUACCCAACAACUGGCAUUUUACGCACGACUCCGAAGUCUAUCCCGACCCUAUGGUAUUCAGACCAGAGCGAUUCCUUAAAACACCCACUCACCAGAGCGAGAUUGAUCCCCGGAACUUCAUUUUCGGAUAUGGCCGCCGCAUCUGCCCGGGCCGAUACGUGGCGGACAAUGCUCUCUUCAUUACCAUUGCGCAGACUCUUGCCGUGUUCAACAUUACCAAGUUCGUUGAUGAUAACGGUCGAGUUAUGGAGCCGGAAGUAAAGUUUGAGCCCGGAGCGAUCAGUCACCCUGUGCCAUACCGCUGUUCGAUUAAACCGCGAUCGGAGGCUCAUGAGCGGCUGAUCAAGGCUUCAGAGCAACUGUAUCCUUGGGAAGAAAGUGACGCCAAAGAGCUGGAAAACAUAAGCUGGUAA